AUGAAGCGGAGAUGGAGCCCAGGAGCUACAGCCGAAGCUCAUGCAGUUAAACGUCAGCGGACAUUGCAUUCGAUAAGGCGUCGCUUUGACCUGACGAGCGCACUUGCCGAUGAGCUGUGGCUACUCAUCUUCUCUUUUAUGGACGCGCAGGACCUAUGUCACGUCGAGGCCGUCAGCAAGGGCUUUCGAAGAGUCGCUACAGAUAACGAGCUCUGGAAGGAGUUGUUCCUUAGGACGUUUGGGCGGCUCCGAGGGGGGCGUUCUCAGUUUACAUUCACCAAGAGACCAUUGGUGUCUUUGCCGGCACACUUGCACACUACUUCUGUGUCGUCGGCGGUUGACUGGAAGAGCCUGUAUAUUAUUGGAAAUAACUGGCGAAGGGGACGAAGUGUCAUCAGACAACUUGAGCUAGCACCAAAAGAUGGUACCCCAAAGCCUCUGGUCCUCUUCCUUGGCCAACAAGGAUUGGUCCUGACGAGUGGCGACCUCAGCUUCUCCCCAUCUAUUGCAGUCUCAAGCUCUGAUACUGAGAUGCACCUAUUUUCGGGUGGACAGAUUAUCGUUCCAAUCAGGAUCUCGUCCCUCUCCCUGAACCAGCUAGGACAGAGUGUUGGCGAUGCCCAUUCGUCCAUCCUCCUGGCCGCAUUUUACUCUACGGACACUAAGCUUCAUCACCUUUCAAUAUUCGAAAUCUCGACGGGCAUACAUUCCUCUCGAGAAGUACACAUCAUGUCCCCACGGACUCCGCGACGUCCGAUAACCUGCAGUGCAUUCCACUCCAAUCUCUUAUUAUCUCUGUCCGAGGGCUUUCAACUGGAUAUCUAUCUUACACCUACCGGCAAACCAAGCGACAUGAUGUUGAUGCGAACCCUAACAUCCUACUCAUCCUUUCUCCCAUCGUCCCUUACACUCUCGAGGCCGUCAACGUCACUCCAUCGAAUACUUUUAUCCUACACCGUCCCAUUAUACCCAGCACAUUGGUCGGUCGCUUGCACACAGUUUCAGCUGGACAGUCGAGGAGAGACUGUCGAUUCAAAGACGUUGAGAGUGUUUCCAUAUGGAUGGAAGGAUAUACUUGACGAUACAGAGGAUGACUUUCCCCUUCAAGGAGGCAGAUUUCUCAACAUCUCCGCCGUGCAAUCCGACGGCAAGUGGAUGGUCGUCGUUCCGCAAGCAGAAACAUUUGUGGAGCUUUAUCGCUUGCGUACAAACUCUAUAUCAUUUGUGCGGGUUCUCUCAGGGCCUACGGCCCCUAUCUGUGCAGUCGCAAUUGCUGACGGAAGGGUCGUCGCUGUCGCGCUCGAUGGAUCCAUAUGGAUCUAUGAUCUUGAAAGGAGCUGGACUAUUGAGUUGCGGAAUAAGGCCUUGGGAGCAGAAUUGGACGCUACGCGCAUCUGCUUCGAUGAAAGACGGAUAGCCAUUACUACUCCAAGUCAUGUACAAGUGAUUUCUUUCGACUGA